CGGCUCCUGAGCUCCCCUCGGCAGGAAGGUGACGCCGGGGCCCGGGAGAGGCCGGGCUUCAAAUCCCGCGCUCGGCCGUGGAUGAAGCUCUCUGGGGGUCAGACCUUGGGGGUCAGCCUAGCCUGCCUCGCAGGGUGUCGGGAGGAAAGGUGUAAAUGCAACGAGAAAAUGAUUUCGAAGGGAGGAAGAGGACCAGAGACGGGAGAAGAUCUCUGCCCGGUUACUCAGGCUUAAUAAUGUGCUUUGGAAUAUUCCCAGGAAAGGAGAGUUUCCCUGUCUCUUCAGGAUGCAUAUGGCUGCUUCCCCCAACCUUUACAGUUGGUGCUGCCUUUUGGGUCUGAUCUGCAGUGCGUUCCCUCAGUUUCUGCUCUUCCUGGUUUCACUUCUUGCUUGUGGCUCUGCUUCCAUUUCAUGGAAUAGGUUGCUUCUCUUAAGGACCAACUCUUCAUUUCUAGGUGCACAUCCUUUAAGGCUCUCCUGCCUGAAAAUGGGCUCAUGCUGAUAUGCUAACCAGGCUUGAAAACAGUUGCAGUCAGAGCCCUGUAUUGCCUGUGCGCUGCUAUUCUCAUGGGUCACAUGAGUCAGAUGAAGAGUUUGAUGCUCGCUGGGUGACGUACUUUAAUAAACCGGAUAUUGAUGCCUGGGAGCUAAGGAAAGGCAUGAACACACUGGUUGGUUAUGACCUGGUUCCAGAACCAAAAAUCAUUGAUGCUGCUUUGAGGGCAUGCCGACGACUAAAUGACUUUGCUAGUGCAGUCCGUAUCUUAGAAGUUGUAAAGGACAAAGCAGGGCCUCACAAGGAUAUAUACCCAUAUGUUAUCCAGGAACUUAGACCAACAUUGAAUGAGUUGGGAAUCUCAACUCCAGAGGAACUUGGCCUGGACAAAGUGUAAACAUUAUUGAUGAGCUUCCUGUGGGGUUAUUGUUAAUGCUAUUUGAUUGUACAACAAUUGCCUGGAAACAGACGUUAAAAUAUUACUUAUUUGAAAUUACUGCUUCCUUUUAUUGAGUCCUGGAGUAUGUGUUGUGAAGCUGGACCUAAUAAAGGGGAACUGGUUUGAACUGAG